AUGGCCACCUCCAUCCUCUUCAUUCUUGUAUCACUUCUCAACAUCUGUUGCUUGCAUGCAAUUGCUGAUGACCCUCCAUUAUCUUUAGAUUACUACAAAUCUACUUGCCCAAAUGCAGAAGCCAUUGUCAGGAAAGAAAUGGAAUGUGCUGUGCAAUCUGAUCUUCGAAAUGCCGCCUUCAUCCUACGCUUACACUUCCAUGAUUGCUUCGUACAGGGUUGUGAUGGAUCGGUGUUGCUAGAUGAUACAAUCACUCUGAAAGGAGAAAAGAAAGCUCCCACUAACUUGAAUGCUUUAAAAGGCUUUGAAAUCAUUGAUAGGAUCAAGAACAAGCUUGAAUCUGAGUGCCCUGAAACAGUUUCAUGUGCUGAUGCUCUUACUAUUGCUGCAAGAGAUGCAACCCUAUUGGUUGGUGGACCUUAUUGGGAUGUCCCAGUUGGAAGAAAAGACUCGAAAACAGCGAGUUUUUCGCAGGUUGAUACGAGCAUUCCAGGAGCAAACGACAGACUCCUCUCGAUGAUCGCUAAGUUUAUGUACCAAAGCCUCUCGGUCACCGAUAUGGUUGCACUUUCUGGUGCCCACACAAUCGGCAUGGCUCGUUGUACGAAUUAUCGAGAAAGAAUCUAUUCAGAUUACGAAACAACAGCAACUAUGAACCCAAUCGCGGAGUCGAACCUGAAAAGUUUAAAGUCAUCGUGCCCAGCUGCAGGAGGAGAAGACAAUAAGGAAGCAGCAAUGGACUAUAUCUCACCUAAUCUUUUCGAUAACACAUAUUACCACAUACUUCUUAGAGGAGAAGGGCUUCUGAAUUCUGAUCAAGAACUCUAUUCCAGCUUUCUUGGAAUAGAAACAAGUAAGCUUGUGAAGAAAUAUGCAGAAGAUCAGGUGGCUUUCUUCCAACAGUUCUCUGAAUCAAUGGUGAAACUGGGAAACAUAACGAAUCCUGAAACUUAUGUUGAUGGAGAAGUUAGGAAGAAUUGCAGGUUCGUGAAUACAUAAUUAAAGAUGGUGUCAAGGUUGUUGAUGGAUGGAUGGAUGUAUUCAUUCUUAAUUAAUUAUAACUAAAAAUUUGUUUUAUUUACAUCAUGAUGUACAAGAAGUGAGGGCCACAUAUGAUGAUGGUGAAAUGCAGACUAUAUAUUUU